CCCACUUCCCUUACCGCCCAGAAGGACUUGAGUGGUUUCCGCUACUUCUCAGAUUCUAGCGGGGUGCGAUGGGGAUUCCUAGUUGAAGCCAGCCUCAUGCACUGCUCCUUGUUCCCACAGCGCUGUCCCAAGCUCUUCUGGGCCAGGAUCCAGAACGAGGGUCCUGAAAGCAUAGGCAGGUCACAAACCCUCACAGUUGGAAAGAACAUUAGCCCAUGGUUAGGGUUCCUCAUGACUUUUGGGACCCACCUGUGGGACUCAGGCUGGCCAGGUCGUCUGAGCUCCAGGAGAGCCCUGCGUUUGCAGGGUGUUCCAGACCCAGUUAGAGUAAGUGAGCAUGGCCGAGCAGGAGCCCACAGCUGAGCAGCUAGCACAGAUUGCAGCCGAGAAUGAGGAGGACGAGCACUCGGUCAACUAUAAGCCCCCCGCCCAGAAGAGUAUCCAGGAGAUCCAGGAGCUGGACAAGGAUGAUGAGAGUCUGCGCAAGUACAAGGAGGCCCUGUUGGGCCGUGUAGCUGUGUCUGCUGACCCCAACGUCCCCAAUGUUGUUGUGACCCGCCUGACCCUGGUGUGUAGCACAGCCCCCGGCCCCCUGGAGCUGGACCUGACAGGUGAUCUGGAGAGCUUCAAGAAGCAGUCCUUUGUGCUGAAGGAGGGCGUGGAGUACCGGAUAAAAAUUUCUUUCCGAGUGAACCGGGAGAUCGUGUCCGGCAUGAAGUACAUCCAGCACACGUACAGGAAAGGCGUCAAGAUUGACAAGACCGACUACAUGGUGGGGAGCUACGGGCCCCGGGCAGAGGAGUACGAGUUUCUGACGCCCAUGGAGGAGGCGCCCAAGGGCAUGCUGGCCCGAGGCAGCUACAACAUCAAGUCCCGCUUCACAGACGAUGACAAGACCGACCACCUGUCGUGGGAGUGGAGCCUCACCAUCAAGAAGGACUGGAAGGACUGAGCCCCGGGGGGCGGGCCUUCGGACAGACGGACGGACGGACCUGUCUGACGCGCCCCACCCCCACCGCCCCCACCCCAUCCCAGCCCCCUACCAAAGUGCUGACAGGCCUGCCCCCCCUCCCCCCACCCGCCCGCGGGCCCCCAGCCUCCUCCUCCUCCCCGGCGGCCUUGCCUUGCUGCUUCUGCCUGCGCUGGGGGGGUAGAGAGGGGAGGGAGCCUGCACCUCAGGCCUCCACCUCCCUUUCCGUACCCCUUCAGGUUCCCUCCCACCCGUCCUAACCCGACUUGAGGCCCCGGCUUUUCCAAGGGAACCUCGUGGCCUUGGCAGUUGCCCUGAAUCCUGUUCUUCGGGGGUGGGGUGGGGUGGGGUGCAUGAUUGGAGGCCUCUUGGGGGCCGGCCACCCUCCUGCUUUCACCUGUCCCCGGUCAGUUCAUCCAUCGCUGUCAGUAACCGUCUAACCAUGAUGCCUUAACAUGUGGAACGUGUGCUGUGGGGGCCGUCACUAACCUCUAAACCCCCCCUCCCCACCCACCCCCCCCCCCGUGUCUGCAUGAGCAUGUGGUCUCCCUGGUCCCCGCCCCAUCUGCGAUCCCCGUGGCCCCGGGAAGUGUGUGGGAUGUGCUGCUGCUCCCCUGCCCGCCAGGGCCUCGCCGGCCCCCUCCCCCGGCCAGGGCUGUGGGGACGGCUCCAGGGGCUCUGGGAAAGCCAAAUUGCCAAAACUGAAGUUGCCUCCGUUCCCAUCCGGGAGGCCGGGUGUCCUCACGCCUCUGCCUUCUUUGUCCCGGUGGGCGGCGCUGGAGCCCACAGCCCCAGCAGACGGCCCUCGCCGGACAGAGCCAGUGGCCGAGCCUUAUGUGUCCCACCCGGGCCUGCCGGCCCGGGGUCGCGUGCCUGGCCCAUCAGUAUUUAUUGCCUCCAUAUGUGCCGUCCUCUGGGCCCCCUGGCCUGCCACCUCUGCCCCCAGGCUCGGUGCCACCGUCCCCGGCAGGCCCUCCCCACACCCAGCCAGGACAACCGUGGGACCAAGCGCGCACAGUCGGAGCCCUCCCCUGUGCCUCCCCUCCCCGACCUUCCCCGUGCCCCCUCUCCCUGUCAGGACGGGGCCUAGAACGCCCAGGAGCCUGAACCUGCUUCUCCUUUUCUGACCGGGAAAUAAACUCCCCCAAAGGA